AUGGCGUCUUCUCCCCGCCAACUCUCCCUCGGCGCUGAGGAUUCCCAACCCAAGGCAUUGGUUACGUCAUCGAAUAUUGAGGACUUCUUCCUCCCAGUUAUCCUUUGCCUCCAUGACAGUGGUUCCUCCGCAACAAUCUUCCAAUCUCAACUCCGGAAUAUGGAACAGGAACUUGGUAAUAGGUUCCGUUUUGUAUAUGUCAAUGGUCCAUUUCCCUCGAAUCCAGACCCAAAGGUCCUCCCUGCCUUUGAAUCAGCUGAGUCAUUCUACAGCUGGGUAAAAGACAUGCCGACUUCAGAGUCAGAAAAGGAAGACCUUCCUCAAGAGGAAAUCGACAGCAUUGACAGAGUCCUAAACCAAGCAAUAAUGUUCGAGGGCAGACCGGAUAGGAUUUGGGGUAUCCUAGGCCUUGGUCAAGGCGCCAGAUUAGCGGGUGGUUUGAUCUGUCGCGAGGGCGAUCGGAUAGAAAACGGCGAGAAAUUCAGAGCUCUGAAGAAUCUGCAGUUCGGAAUUAUUAUCAGUGGAGUAUGGCCGCCAAUUAUGCUCACGGAGCAAAAGAAAGGGUGGAUAGACGUUCUCGGCUUGCAGCAGCUUCCAACUCUAUACGUUUGGGGAAGACAAGCUCCUGAUCAUAGAUCAUACAUGAAAAUGGUCUCCAAAUGUGAUUGGCUGCAUACGUACACAUAUGAGUUGGAAGGGGCCCAAUACCUGCCGGUGACGGAGAAGGAAACAGAGCAAAUCGCGAGAAGAAUCUUUCAGUUGACUCGGGUGCCAAUCCUUUGGGUUUGUGUGAUCCCUUUCCGGUUCCUCUCAACGCCUGAUUACGGGGUCGCAAAGCUUGCACCACUCACAAGAGGCGUGUCAUCCGAAUUGCGAAAUGCAGUGGUUUUGGUCCUGGACACUGGUAAUUUUGGAGUUGCUGAUGUCUGGAAUGUAUUGACAAAGGUGCAACUUAUCUCGGUGUGGAGCGUGUAUUUGUGUGGACCAGGCCCAGCAGCCGCCCAACGGAGGACACGUCUUGAUAUCAUGCCAGGCGUCGCUGUCACUGAUGCGGCCGAGAUGGUCGAACCACUCUUGACCGCCCGGGUUCCAAAAUGA